AUGGCCCCAGCAGCUGUCACUCCUCCUCGGGAGGUCCAGCAGGUCAAGGAACUCAACUCUGCUGCCGUUGCCCGCAAGAUUGCUGAGACCGCGCCAGAGCUGACCAACAACAAUGCCCCCGAAGGUGGUCUGCGUCCAUUGGAUGCGUCCAAGCUGAAGUUCACCAGAACCACAACCCCCAUGGCCGUCCCAGCACCCGGAGAUCCCAUUAUCGCAACCGCCUCCCAAUGUACAGAUCACAUGCUCACCGCAGUAUGGAACACAACAACCGGCUGGGCGGACCCCGAGUUGCGACCCUACGGCACCCUCCCCCUGGCACCAACCGCAUCCUGCCUCCACUACGCAACCCAAUGCUUCGAGGGCAUGAAGUUCUACCGUGGCUACGACGGCAAGCUGCGACUAUUCCGCCCCGACUGCAACACCCGCCGCCUGCUGAUCUCCUCCGUCCGCAUCUCGCUCCCAGCCUUCGACCCCAAGGAGCUGGAGAAGAUGAUCAUUGCUAUGCUCGCCGUCGAUGGCCCCAAAUGGCUCCCCGAGCCUGGGUCGUACCUCUAUCUCCGUCCGGCUAUAAUUGGGUCCGCUGGUGCUCUUGGUGUCGCUACGCCCAAGGAAGCCACCCUCUUCGUAAUUGCCUGCUUCAUGCCUCCUCUUAGCCAGGUCGGCGGGUUAAAGCUCCUAGCCUCGACGGACGGCGUACGAGCCUGGCCUGGUGGAUUCGGCUACGCCAAGGUUGGCGCGAACUACGGCCCCAGUCUGCUCGCUACCGGCGAGGCUAAGCAGCGAGGGUACGAUCAGGUUCUGUGGUUGCUGGACGGCAAGGUCACCGAGGCGGGCGCAAGCAACUUCUUCAUUGUCUGGAAGACGACGGAAGGCAAGCUGCAACUGAUCACGGCGCCGUUGGACGACAAGAUCAUCCUGGACGGUGUCACGCGCAGAAGCAUCCUGCAGUUAGCUCGGGAGCGGCUCGUAGACGGCAACAGCAAGCUCGACGCCCUUGAGGUUGUCGAGCGGAACUUCACCAUGGAUGACGUUGUUGCCGCUUCCAAGGAAGGACGGAUCCUUGAGGCUUUCGCUGCUGGCACUGCUUUCUUCGUGUCCCCAGUCUCCGUCAUCAACUACAGGGACAAGGACAUCCAGAUCCCCAUGGGCAGCGGAGAGAGUGGCGAGUACACCAGCCUGAUCAGGACGUGGUUGUUCAACAUCAUGUACGGCAAGGAGGAGCACGAGUGGGGUGUCGUGGUCGAGGAGGAGAAGCAAACCGUAGCGUAG